AUGACACAGAGACCACUGGACUACUUGGAUGUUGGAGAGCACUCACAAGUGAUCUUGAGGUUUCGUAAUUACGUUCCUCGAGACGUCGUCCUCAGGCGAUUUUGCCUUCCGCGGCCUUCCGUCGAAGAACUUGAGAAGCAGAUUGACAGAGAAGCAACUGACGCUAUCAAUUCGUCCGCCAACGAGGAUGUGGUGGCUCAGAUAGCACCCCGUCGGCCGAACUGGGAUCUGAAGCGGGACGUGGAGAAAAAGCUUGCAGUCCUUUCCCGAAAGACGGACAUGGCGAUCGUCGAUUUGAUUCGCAUGAAGAUCAAGAACAGCGGCAUAGAAAAGGCUGUUCCAAAAGUUGCUCCCGAUGGUGCGGAAGAAGUACUUUCUCACCAGGAUCGGGAAAUUGCCCACUCAGUAGUGAACGCUAUGCGUGACUUAGAGCAAAUUGAAGACGAAGAACGUGACUGA